ACAACCAUCUUACUGCAGAUAUGUACAUAAAUAUGGAUGGAAAUGCAGAUGAAAUUGACUAGUUCCCUUCUCUACUUUUCCAAGAGCUGUUUGCAAAAUUGACGAGGAUGGCCAGUAUGGCUGCAGAUAUGUUCGUGGGCAGGGAACGGUUUGCCACAUUGUUAUUGAUGAGACUAACAGAAACCGUCAUCCUAUGGCUCCCUGAAGACCAGAGCUUUUGGGACGACAUUGAAGAAGGGCCAAGACCUUUAGGUCCUGUUGGUCUGCAGCAGUUUUAUUUGGAUAUGAAAUAUGUCAUGUGCUUUGCCUCCCAAGGACGAUAUUUGUCACGGAAUUUACAUAGAGUUGACAAUGAGAUCAUAUCAAAAGCCAUUGCAGCAUUUUCUGCUACAGGAAUGGAUCCAUACAGUGUGCUACCUGAGGAUGAGUGGUUCAAUGAGGUUUGUCAGGAUGCAAUUGAUAGACUGAGUGGAAAACCCAGAGCCAUCAAUGGAGACAAAGAACUUAACAGCCCGACGGCUUCUAUUUCCGCCCCAGUCAAUCUCAUCGGUUAGGUCUCAUGAGAGUUCCUGAAAGCACUUGUCUCAGAUCUGUAUAUUACAAAGGAAAGGGAAAAUUAGGUUUGCUUGAUCUAAUUCUUGCAUCAAUAGUCAGCAAAUUUU